AUGAACAAUUAAUUUCUUCUUUCCAGGAAGAAACCUGGAAGCUUUUUUGCUGCUCCGUUGAAUAUGGGAUUAUAAAAAAGUUUUUUAAAAUUGCACAUAGAGCAUCUCUUUCAAAUGGAUAACUUCUGAACCUGGAACUCUUCAUUACCAACUUCUUGCAUCCUGGAGGAGAAAAUGAAUUUCACAAAUUGUACCACUGAAGCCAGUGAGGCUGCAAAGCCAAAGACAGUAACUGAAAAGAUGCUCGUUACCCUGACCUUGGCCACAAUCACAACCUUGACUAUGCUGCUGAAUUCUGCUGUAAUUGCAGCAAUCUCCACAACCAAGAAGCUCCACCAGCCGGCAAAUUAUCUCAUAUGUUCACUGGCUGUGACAGAUCUCCUUGUUGCUGUUCUCGUCAUGCCCUUGAGCAUCACUUACAUAAUGAUGGAUAAAUGGACUCUGGGGUACUUCAUCUGUGAGAUCUGGCUCAGCGUCGACAUGACCUGCUGCACGUGCUCAAUCCUUCAUCUGUGCGUCAUCGCGCUGGACAGGUACUGGGCCAUCACAGACGCCAUCGAGUACGCCAGGAAGAGAACGGCAAAAAGGGCCGGGCUGAUGAUAGUCACCGUGUGGACCAUCUCCGUUUUCAUAUCAAUGCCCCCCCUGUUUUGGAGAAACCACCACAGCGUCAGUAUUCCCAGCGAGUGCCGCAUUCAGCAUGACCACGUCAUCUACACUAUUUAUUCCACAUUCGGGGCAUUUUACAUCCCCUUGACUUUGAUCCUGAUCCUGUACUACAGAAUUUACCACGCUGCAAAGAGCCUUUACCAGAAGCGGGGUUCAAGCCGCCACCUCAGCAACAGGAGCACCGACAGCCAGAACUCUUUUGCCAGCUGCAAGCUCACACAGACAUUCUGCGUCUCGGACUUCUCCACAUCUGACCCAACCACAGAGUUUGAUAAAAUCAACGCAUCCGUGAGGAUCCCUCCUUUUGAGAAUGACUUGGACCCGGCUGGAGACCGGCAGCAGAUCUCCACGACACGAGAACGAAAGGCUGCUCGCAUCUUGGGGCUGAUUUUAGGUGCUUUCAUUUUGUCCUGGUUGCCCUUUUUCAUCAAGGAGCUGCUUGUGGGCCUCCACAUUUGCACUGUCUCUCCAGAAGUAGCAGACUUCUUGACCUGGCUUGGGUAUGUCAACUCGCUCAUCAACCCUUUGCUGUACACGAGCUUUAACGAGGAUUUCAAGCUGGCCUUUAGAAAGCUCAUCAGGUGUUGAGAACAUACUUAAAAGUACUGAGAGAUGAUGAUGCUAGCAUGACUCCUGGCCUU